GAUACAUCAGCGGGCGGAGUCCAUCGGUGAACUGGAAAACAUGCACAGUUAGUAGUGAGCACCACUGAAGACAAUACUUUAGAAAUGUAGCUAGUUAUUUACAGAUGUUCAACAUGUACUUCUUAGGGAUCUUGCCUUCUCUCAUGAACUACUACUCAGUUACUAUCAUGUGGACGGAAGUGCUAGUUUAGCUAAGAUCUGACCUGGUUUAACUUCUUCUCAUGCUGCUAUUCUAGUUUGUUUACCAACAUUAGCUAGCAACACGGACAGACAGACAGACAGAUAGAUUUACCCGUGAGUUAAGAUCGCCAGGCAGCCAGCUAGCAGUGGACAUCUAGAUUAGCAUUCAGACAUGGAUUACAUUUUACAGGUAAAGAUAGGCGCCCUCGUGGGAUUGCUGCUAUUGACACUCUUUUUCGGAUUCAUUCCUGCUCGGAUGAAAUGGUUUCGGGACACUAGUGGAACAGAGACGCAUCGGGCUGUUCUGAGCUUCAUCAGCUGCUUUGCGGGCGGAGUCUUCCUCGCCGCGUGUCUACUGGACAUCAUCCCAGACUACUUGUCUGACAUCUCCAAGGAGUUCCAGAACCGAGGGGUGGAUAGUGAGUUCCCCCUGGCGGAGUUCAUCAUGGCGUGCGGCUUCUUCACCGUCCUCAUCCUCGAGCGCCUGGUCCUGACCUGCAGUAGGCGGCCGAGCGAGGAGCGCCAGCCCCUCUUAUCCAAUCACAGCUCCGGGCACCGGCACGGGAACGGCGCCAUUAACGAGCUGGAGGGCAGUGGUGGCCAUCACACACACAUGGACCUGCAGGCGCACUCUUCGUUCCGCUCCUUCAUCCUCUUCCUCUCGCUGUCGCUGCACUCUGUGUUUGAGGGGCUGGCCAUCGGCCUGCAGACCACCAAGUCCCAGGUCAUGGAGAUCUGCAUCGCCAUCCUGAUCCACAAGAGCAUCAUCGUGUUCAGCCUGUCGGUGAAGCUGGUGCAGAGCGCCGUGCCGCCGCUCUGGGUGGCUGCCUACGUGCUGGUCUUUGCCCUAAUGUCGCCCAUGGGCAUCGCUGUGGGCAUCGGUGUCAUGGAGGCGCAGCUGGCAUCCAGCGCACUCAUUCAGGCCGUGCUGGAAGGCCUGGCGGCGGGCACCUUCGUCUACAUCACCUUCCUGGAGAUCCUGCCGCACGAACUGAACUCGCCCGAAAGGCAACUGCCCAAAGUGUUCUUCAUCCUUGUCGGCUUCAGCGUCAUGGCCGGGCUCUGCUUCCUGGGCUGAGGGAAACCGCGGGAAAGAGAUUUGGGGGGGGUGGGACAAUGGAAAAGAUGGACAGACAGAAACUGACCUAGAUGAAAGGACCGAAUGAAUAAGAAGACCAGGGAAGCCUUUAAAUGCUAAAUCUCUGCUCCUUUAUUUCGUUAGUGCUGACUUCAUGGUGUUGGCAUGCUUAGCAGGUAUGUGCAUCAUUCUAAUCAUUUAAUGAACACUGGACAUAUGCGCUGCACAGCAACUGUGCAGGAGAUGGAGAAUGAUGCGGGUGGUUGUGAGGUUCUGAUGCCGUGAUGCCGUCUGCAUGAUGUUUACAGAUCACAGAUAAGACACACUGUUCCUCUGACAUCAGAUAAGACACACUGUUCCUCUGACAUCAGGCAACUAAAGGACGUGAAAUUUAGAGGGCUGACUAGGAGGAAGCUUGAGUCUGUUCCUCUCCAUGAAAGAACAGUGAGUCACGUUGACUGACCAGAGGGCAAAUCCAACUUUCUCAAUCCUUCAGCUCAAUUCUGUGCAAUGGCAAAGUCAUUUCAUAAUUCUUACAUUUGCCUUUUUGCAUUUAUUUUUCAUCUGUGAUUUUGUUUGCCAAUGUUAACAUCAAACAUUCAGUUUUUAAAGUCUGUUUAUUAUUAUUUUGGUUUUUUAAUCUGUUUUUAAGAAUCAAGGACCAUCAUUUUUCUGAGGUCAUCUUGCUAGUACAUGCCAAGAUCGGUGGAAUAUGUGUUUACUUUUAACAGGAAAUGCAUUUAUUUCAUUGGAAAAGCCAGCUGUACAUAUUCACGUCUGACUCAUUUUACACUGUGUUACUACUGACUCCUGGAGAUAGAUGGCUUAGGAAAAACCGACACUGGAAAUAUGGAAUCUCAGAUAUUUUCCUGGGAAGAGACUUUUUUUAUUGUCUUACAGUGCUGGAGAGUCAUGUUUGCUGCAGAACAUGUGUAUGGUUAGUCAUAAGGUGACAGGUGGUUGUCACGUGUGGCCAAAUCUAGCACUCUUACAAACCUCGACUGUUUUAGACUGUUUCAUUAACCACUCGAGAAGUGUUGCAAUUGACAUAUUAUUAGUGGUUUAAUUGGGUUUUCAAGACAUACAUGUCAGUAUUGUUACUUGAUAAAAAAAGUAAUUUCUAAUGAAAUGUUUUGUAUAUUUGAUUUUUUUAUUUCUCGGUUGAAUAUUUUUUUAUUAUUAUUAAGUGCCAUAUUUUUCAGUUGGACUAAAAUAUAAGACAAAAACGCCAAAUGUGCCAAAAGUGUGAGUGAGUCUUUACUGAAGAAGGCACAAGACACAAAUAGGAAGUCUAUAAACAUGAAACAGGAAAUGUAAUAUCAAAUAUGCCAUCCAUUUACUGGACUGUUACCUCCCUUACUGUACAUGAUUGUGUCAUGUACAACUUGUUUGGGUUUGCCUGGUCAUACAAAACAUGUCUGAGAAUCAUUGGGCUCUCUUGAGUCAACUCUGUACCACCCUCUGUUGGUAAUAAAAAAGGAUGGCUGUGCCUGUAACAAA